UGCUCCUUUUGGCCACCCCCGUCUCCCAAGGUGCCCCCAGCAUCCUCCUGGCUGGCCCAGUCCCGCCCCCACAAACUCCAUCCAAACUGUCCAUCCUGCUCGUCGCUUGCAUCUGCCUCAAAGCCCACGUUUCCCCCGUCUCUAACACCCUCGUCCAACAUGUCGAUCACCACUGUCGAUACUGCCAAGUUACAGGAACUGAUAUCCCGAGUGCGAUCGAGCCCCGAUCUCGAGGCCCUCGACUCGAGCCAGCUCUCGGACUGGUGGAUCCGCAAGUACUACAUCUCUGCCGGCGGCAACCUCGAUGUAGCCCUCAAGGCCAUCGAAAACACACUGAUAUGGCGCCGGGAGUUCCGGUAUCAGGAUAUCUGGCACGAGAACUUUGCCGAGGAGGUCCAGUCUCGCAAGCUGUGUUUCCAGGGCAAAGCCCGAGAUGGCUCGGCUAUCCUGUACUGGAAGGGCAGCCGCCACGUUGCCGACGUCAAGAAAGCCGACCAUCGCAUCCGAUUCAUUGUCCGCACCAUCGAGCAGGCCAUUCGGGACGGCAUCCUGGAUGACAGGCUGACCAUUGUUGUCGACAAAUCCGAUGUCGGCUCAGAGAACCUCGACGGAAUGCAGUUCUACCGCAUGCUCAUCCGGGUUCUCCAGGACAAGUUUCCCCAGAUUCUCCAGCGGGUCAUUGUCUUUCCGACAAACUGGAUCCUGUGGACCACUUGGAAGGUCAUCAAGUCCUUCUUGGAUCCGUCGGUAGCCGACAAGUUCAUCAUGCUCGGGCCCAAAGAGAUGCAUGAGGGCCUCCUCCGAUAUCUCUCGCCCGAGGUCGUGCCUGUGCGCUACGGCGGGACCCUCACGGACCAGCAAUGCGAUGAAUAUUUUGUGCGAGAAAACGGCAUGGCCCAGCAGCCAGCUGGCUUCAGAAGCAACCCGUGCCUUUCGACAGUCGACGACAGCAGCACGAUGGACUCUGCCGUCUCGAUAUAGCACAGAGUCGUAAUCGGACCCACAUACGCUCCUCAAGCGCAUACGGACAUGUGCUUUGUAUUCCGCCUGUCUAUUCAUGUGUUUCGCCUGUCUGCUCAUGUAUUCUGCCUGUCUAUUCAUGUACUUUGCUUGCUGUUCAUAUCAAUACUGUCGCUCUGCAAUC